AUGAGCUCGCGUUGGCGUAUCGGUCUCGCGCGUUUCUUUUACAACUCGACAAUUUGGUUCUCCAUCGCUUUUGGCAUAUUGCCAUUCCGUUAUAAUACAAAAUUACGCCGAAUCUCAACGUCAAAAUGCAGCUUGGUCUAUAGCGUUUGUAUUGAUGCGCUGAUUGUGAUAAUUUCCUUAUUUUCUUGGCAAACCGAAGAUUUCCUAGAAGAGAAUAUGUUGCGACACAAUAAACUAAUGGAACUACUGACCAAGGCAAUAAUAUUAUCGAAUAUAUAUACGUUAAUUGCGAUUGUGGUGAUAAAUUGGCGCGAAUACAAAUCGGUGUUGUACAUCUUCAAUGAAUUCGCCGCGAUCGAACGGCAUUACUUCAGCAAGCAUAGAGUUUUGGCACGCAAUUGCAGAAGCUUCUAUGACUAUAUCAUUUGGAAAGGUGUGGCAACGCUGUUGCAAAACUUGUCCUUCAUAUUCAUAAUAUGCGCGCAUGCAGCUGAGAUAAACCAGCGUGCAGUGAUUGUACUUACCUUGGCGUUAACGCUCGGCAAUGUAAUUUUCCUUGUCGUGCUGCACUUUUACAAUUUCGUCAUAACCACUUACCGUUGCCUGUGGAUACUGCACCAGCGCCUGCAAUAUCUCGCUAACCGUAGCCAGUUCCGCCGUCCUCUCCAUUACGUUACGUACGAGGUCUAUGAAAUAACGGGCAUCUACUUGCGUCUGAUAAAGAUAUGCAGACGCUUUGCCAGUGUUUACGGCCAACAAUUGCUGUUCAGCAUUUUUGCAAUAAUGUGCGCCAACAUACAGUCCAUAUAUUAUUUGCGUGUCAUUUGGAGUGACAAAGUUUACGAAUUGUCCGCCUUUGAUAUAUUCUAUACAGGGCAAGCCGUUCUCAUAAAUAUUUUCGACUUUUGGCUAACCAUUUCGGCAUGCGAAUUGGCGCUGGGUAUGGCAAGGGAUAUAGCACAGCUGCUGCGUAGCUUCAAUGAUGUCGCGAGAUCGGAUGUGGAGCUCGAACAAAGUUUGGAGAUUCUGGUUGCCGUCUGCAGAAACAACCCACCGGAGUUUCGAUUGUGCGGCUUAAUUGAAUUGAAUCACUUGACCGGCUUAAAAGCUUUGUUCACUAUGAUUUUGUAUUUAAUUUAUUUAGUGCAAUUUAGCUAUAAUGACUUUUGA